CUCUCGCAUAAUCCAUUGGCAAGCUAUUCAGUCGUUGUAGGUCCGUUCGUCGCUCAUCGUGUAGGUAUUUAAAAUGGGCAGUUUCUUUCCCAUCCUACUGUUUAGUCUCAACAUUGUGUGCGCUAACGUGAUAGCGGAAAGCACGCGUAGCACAUGUAACGUCGAGACCAAAUCAACUAUUGUGAAAUUAAAAAGAGAACUUUUCUGUGAAUACGAUAGCGAUGUAAGACCGGUUCAAAACAAUAAUAACGUAACGCGUGUACAAUUUUAUUUGAAGCCAUUCUUCUACGACUACACUCACGAAAGUGAAAAGUUUAUAUUACAUACGUGGAUAUCAAUGUCAUGGAAUGAUUCGCAUUUGACAUGGGAUCCUGCAGCGUACGAUGACAUCAAAUGGAUACCCGCAACAGGCGAUCAAAUUUGGGUGCCUGACGUUAUGAUACAUAAUGAACGAAUUGGAGAAAGCUCAUCGGAUUAUGACUCUUCAAGCUGUUGGAUCUCGAGGAAAGGGAUGGUUAAAUGGUUAAUGGCAGCAAAGUAUGUUUCAACUUGCAUCUCAGAUAACACAUGGUGGCCAUACCAUACCUUGAAUUGCACUAUACAAUUCGGAUCGUGGUCACAUUCCGGUGACGAAAUUGAUCUUGUUGCCUACGAGAAUAUGACACAGGCAAAUGUAGACUCAAAACAUCCCGAGUGGAAUUUAGCGAAACUUUAUGUAACGAAAUCGAUACAGAGAUACAAGUACAAUUCGGGUUCGACCGUCAAAAUGUUUUCUUAUCACUUUAUUCUGAGCAGUCAUUUCGACAUAAUUCGCAUUGCAUACGUAUCACCUACUAUAGCGCUAAUGGUAAUGACUCUGAUGACACUGUGGUUGGAACCGAAAUCUUUCGAGCGAAUGAUGAUUGCUAAUCUCAAUUUUAUCUGCCAUUUAAUGUGCAUACAAUCCGUGCAUUGGGAAAUGCCAAAGAGCGGUUUUAACACUCCCAAAAUGCUUAUCUUUUAUGAAAGCUCUCUCGGGAUAGCAGUGUUCGCUCUCAUUCUUACCAGUAUGUUGCGGCACCUGCAAGAAUUGACUACCGAGCCGCCUGUGUGGAUCUCAGCCGGCACGACGUCCAUUUUGCGCAGUCGAAUUGGGCGAAUUCUUUUAAUCAGCAUUCUGGAUCCAGCCGCGACAGCCAAGAUAGAAGCAGAUGUGGAUGAUAAUACUGACCUCGUGCAAUCGAAUAGCAAAAGAUCGCCAUGGACAUAUAUCACAGUGCUCAUAGGAUGGUUGGCAUUUCUAAGCGUGCUUCUCGCUUACAUUGUACUGUUAAGCACGUGUUUCCCUACGAACAACACCGUGAAAUACUAAUACUCGAACAUACGAUUUAUUUCGAAUGGCGUUGUUUAAGAUAUCGUGUCUUUAAAUGACACGAUUAUAUAACAAGUAAAAAAGUAUAAAUUGAUAUGUCGAUGGAGAUUGAUUGCUGAUGGAACAGAUAUCGUUUCUCUUUUUAUAAAUACUUUUAUUUUGUAAAACAGGCUUGUUUCGGACACUUAUAUAUUAAUAUUUUUCGUUUCGUUUGUUCAACAACAACGUGUCAAUUGCAACUUAACCCUACGUAUUUCGUAAUAAAUAGAAAACUCAAGAAAUAGAA